AUGGGAAACAAGAUCAGCAGGAGACGGGAUACCGCACCAGCCGAGCAGAAGGCUGCAGAGGAGGCAAUCGACACGCAGGACGCUGUGGUGGAGGCAGUAGCUGAUGAGCCAGUGGUGGUUGCAGAGGCGACUGAACCAGUAGUAGAAUCAGUGCCAGCACCAGUACAGGAGGCUGAGCCAGAGCCCUCCAAGCAGCCAGAGACGGAGCCCCCAUUGGAGGAGCCGACCCGAGCCCCUGGUGUCAGUCAGCAAACCAGUGCCAGUCGUCCCAGAGCCAAAGCCAGUCGUCCCAGAGCCAAAGCCAGUCGUCCCAGAGCCAAAGCCAGUCGUCCCAGAGCCAAAGCCAGUCGUCCCAGAGCCAAAGCCCAGUCGUCCCAGCCCAGUCGUCCCAGAGCCAAAGCCAGUCGUUCCCAGAGCCAAAGCCAGUCGUCCCAGAGCCAAAGCCAGGUCGUCCCAGAGCCAAAGCCAGUCGUCCCAGAGCCAAAAGCCAAGUCGUCCCAGAGCCAAAGCCAGUCGUCCCAGAGCCAAAGCCAGUCGUCCCAGAGCCAAAGCCAGUCGUCCCAGAGCCAAAGCCAGUCGUCCCAGAGCCAAAGCCAGUCGUCAUAGAACAGGAGGCUGUCCCAGAGCCAAACAUCUCCCAGGAGUUCCUCCUACAGCCAAUCAUUCCAGAGCCCUUCCUCUCCCCCGCCCCUCUGGACCUGGGUGUCCCUGAUGCUCCCCCCUCCCACAGAUCUGCCCCAGACCAGCCCACAGACCUGGGGGAUGCAGAAUGCUAUGACGACGUAAAGGCUGCCUGGAAUUCUGUCUCCGUCCCAGAAGAGUCCAAAGAAUCCCCGGAGAAGCCAGCCAUCAUGGCGGAGAAGCUUCUGUGUGAUGUCAUGGGCAGCGAGCUGAGCAAAGCGGACUCUUCAAGCACUUAGUUAGACCUGACGGCCGAUGACAUCAUGGUCAAUGACGUCAUAGCAGAUGACAUUCUUGAAGGUGACGUGUCCACUGAGCUGAUAUGAGAUGGCCGGAGAAAAUAAAAACCAAAAAAAAAGAAGAAAAAACAGGACAAUGACGUUCUAAAAAAGGCAGACGCAGCAGAAAAAAAAUAAUUAAAAAAAUAAUACAACUUUGAUCUGAGAAGGCUAAAGGGAAAACUAAGCAGCUUAAGGAGACCGUGAAGUAGCACUCAGAUMAUCUGAGACCUGGGAUGUAUUCACUAGGAACCAAACAGAACCAAGCGUACGCAAACGGAAAGAAACUGGGUGGGACCUACCUGAAUUUUCCAAAAGAAAUUCUAGUUUCCGUUGCGAAACGUUUUGGAUUAAUGAUUAGACCCCAGGUAAUACAGACGUGCCUUUCUUUCUGAGUGUAGGUUGACUAAAGGGAUGUGGUGAUGGGUGGCCAGGGCAGGAGAGUGAGUAACCAUCAUCGCCCUCUGAGCCAUAUAGACGUAACACUGCAUAGCAGAACACUUACAGUAACUAUAUAUGGUAACUAUGUAUGACAAGACGUUUGCCUUGGUGUGUACACCUGAUGAAUUGUAACAACGUUUGAAAUCGGCCUACAUGCUAUGAUGUACAUUCAUACUUGGACUCUCACAAUCCUUCCUCUUUAACUCUGAAACGGAGGUGACCUUAUUAUAUUUUCUCGAUGGUGAGAAGUGGUUUGGUGGAAUCUAUUAAAGGUGAUGGUCUGGUUGUGAAAAUAAAAUAAGAUUUUUCCACCUUGAA